CUGCCCGCUCCCCAGGACGGGCGCCAUGCACGCCGGGGACCGCAUCCUGGCCAUCAACGGCACGAGCCUCAAGGGCCGGCCUCUGAGCGAGGCCAUAAGGCUCCUCCAGGGGUCAGAGGUCACCGUCUCCCUCAAGAUCAAGAAACAACUAGAACGCCUCUACACCCCACCACCGGGGACGGCCCGGGCCGUGACUGGACCCCAGGAGCGGAGGCCGGGCCGGAGGCCGGGCUGUGCCCCGGAAGUCUUCCCGGAGGAGGAGGAGGAAGAAGAGGAGGAGGAGGAGGAUUGGCAGCCUCCAGUGAGCCCGGCCCGCGGCCCCGCGCGGCAGGAGCGUUUCCGGGGCGCGCGUGGAGAAGCCCUCGCCGACCUGGACCCGCGCGGGCGGGCGGAGCUGCUCGGGGAGCUGCAGGUGACCCUGCGCAGGGACCCCGUGCGGAGGGACUUUGGCUUCCGCGUCUCGGACGGGCUCCUGCGGGCCGGGGUCCACGUCCACACCCUGCGGCCCUCGGACAGCGUCCUCCAGGUGAGGCCGGGCGUGGGCGGCCUCCACUCUGGCCGCAAGGGAGGCUGGGAGAUACAGGAGUCUAGCUGCAAGGGAUCCUGGGAGAUAGAGGAGUCUGGCCGCGAGGGAUCCUGGGAGAUAGAGGAGUCUAGCUGCAAGGGAUCCUGGGAGAGAGAGGAGUCUAGCUGCAAGGGAUCCUGGGAGAUAGAGGAGAUUAGCUGCAAGGAAUCCUGGGAGAUAGACGAGUCUAGCUGCAAGGGAUCCUGGGAGAUAGAGGAGCCUAGCUGCAAGGGAUCCUGGGAGAUAGAGGAGUCUGGCUGCAAGGGAUCCUGGGAGAUAGAGGAGAUUAGCUGCAAGGAAUCCUGGGAGAUAGACGAGUCUAGCUGCAAGGGAUCCUGGGAGAUAGAGGAGACUGGCUGCAAGGGAUCCUGGGAGAUAGAAUAACCCAAGUGCAAGGCAUCCUGGGAGAUAGACCAGCCCGGCUGCAAGGGACCCUGGGAGAUAGACAGGCACAGCUGCAAGGGAUCCUGGGAGAUAGACAGGCACGGCCGCAAGGGAGCCUGGGAGAUAGGCCAGCCUGGCUGCAAGGGAUCCUGGGAAAUAGAAUAACCCAGCUGCAAGGCAUCCUGGGAGAUAGAGCAGCCCGGCCGCAAGGGACCCUGGGAGAUAGACCAGCCUACCUGCAAGGGACCCUGGGAGAUAGACAGGCACGGCUGCAAGGGAAUCUGGGAGAUAGACAGGCACGGCCGCAAGGGAUCCUGGGAGGUAGGCCAGCCCGGCCCCAAGGGAUCCUGGGAAAUAGAAUAACCCAGAUGCAAGGCAUCCUGGGAGAUAGACCAGCCCAGCCGCAAGGGAUCCUGGGAGAUAGAGGAGUCUAGCUGCAAAGGAUCCUGGGAGAUAGACCAGCCCAGCUGCAAGGGAUCCUGGGAGAUAGAGGAGCCCAGCUGC